GGGAUCCAGCGCGAUUGUAACCGUCAUCAGACUUUUGUCCGCUCGGAACUUCGUCGGCUUAGGGAACGUCGCUGGUCGCAUCCGUGCUGUGUGCCGUGCGUCGCGGUAAAAUUUUCCUCGUUCGCCUUACAUUUUUGAAUUUUUCAAACACGUUCCCUCUUUUUUCGGUCUCGCCCGCGCGACGUCUCGGCAUCCGCCCCCCAGAUUGACAAAAUAUGAGGUUAUGAGCCUCGUCAUCCCGUGAAAAAUAACGGAUCUGUUAUUCUUGUGCCGCAAUUCCUGCUACCUGAAACUGGAAAGGAAUGUCAAUUGUGUCAGUUUGUUAGUGCAUUUGUUUUGCUCUUCGAAUCCAGUUGAGGUGUUACGACCUCGAGCUUCAAGGCCGACUACAUAGAAGUUGUCGCGGUUGAAAAACGUUUGAAACUUGGAUACCGAAGGCUUCUUCGACUGGAUUCCAUCAUCUUUUCUCAUCGGUUACAGUGGACCAGUGCGGUAUCCGUCACAAUCAGGGGUGAUUUUCGACGAACUCGACCAGUCUGGCGGGAGCACAUCUGCUUUCGGUGCAUCUGUUCCUUUUGCCCUAUACAGGGUGUUGUGCGAAAAGUACGUUAUCGGCUCGUAUGACGUUUCGGACUUUCUAGUUAAUUUUUGUGAUAAACAUGGGGAAUCACCCCUCGAAUCAUGUGCCACUGGAUAGGAACGUUGGGAAAUUCGGAGAUGUUACAACGCGGCGCUCGCUCCGAUCGCCAGGCGGCGGUUCCCGCAAGAUGGAUCGGUUGCGGCGAUCGUUCCGCGAUUCCUUCCGGAGGCGGAAGGCGGCGAACGGAAGUGGAGGGGGCGGUCCUGAAUCAGCUCGCCCCCAUCAGUGGCAGGCGGACGAACAGGCCGUUAGGGCGGGGCAUUGCGCGUUCUCCGUCAAGUACCUCGGCUGUGUGGAGGUGUUCGACAGCAGGGGGAUGCAGGUGUGCGAAGAGGCGAUCAAAGUUCUUAGGGGUUCACGAAGACGGCCGGUUCGAGCGGUGCUUCAUGUUAGUGGGGAUGGAUUGCGGGUAGUUGAAGAGGAUACUAAGGGUCUCAUUGUCGAUCAAACUAUCGAAAAAGUCUCGUUUUGUGCUCCGGACAGAAAUCAUGAACGAGGAUUCAGUUACAUCUGUAGGGACGGUACGACGAGACGAUGGAUGUGCCAUGGUUUUUUGGCGCUUAGAGAAAGCGGAGAGAGGUUAUCUCACGCUGUUGGCUGUGCAUUUGCUGUUUGCUUAGAAAGGAAACAGAAACGAGACAAGGAAUGUGGUGUGACGAUGAUGUUCGACAUGAAGAAUAGCACGUUCACGCGGACGGGCUCCUUCCGGCAGCCUAGUUUCACGGAAAGACUGGAACGAGGGGUGGAUGUGGGCGGCCUGGAGGGCAACGGAGUGAGGACAGCGAAUAAACCGCCCCCUGUCAACCCCUUCGCCAUUGAACGACCGCACGCUACGCCUAGUAUGUUGCAGAGGCAGGGUAGCUGCAGGGGUUUCAGCACCUUGGGCCAGAACAGCCCGUUCAAACGGCAGAUGUCGCUGCGAGUAAACGAGCUACCCAGCAACGCCGCCCGCUUGAAUAGUUACAAGUCUCCCACCAGUCCGCCGUCUAUAGCGAUGUCUCCGGCGUUGCCCAUACCUUCAGGGGGUGUCAGGCCACCUCCCGUUUCCCCUAUCCCAGAGUCCUCACCAGGAGAUAGUGUCACCGCCCUCUGUCAGCAGCUCAGUCAAGGACUGAGUCAACUAACGCGGAGUGGUAGCGAUGACUUUAAUUUCAACAGUCAGAGCUCGGUCAACCAGAAUAUGGUCAAUCUCAAUGUUACAACGAUAAAUAACACGUUCAACACGACUACACAUGUAACGCCGGCUCCAGCUCAUAGGAUGACUCCAGUCACGCUUAGCUUCAGCCCUAAUUCGAUGGCUGACACCAGUAUUACUUCCACGAGUAGCACCUUACCCAAACCGGAACAAUGGUUAGAAAUAGUAAACUCCACAUCCCCAAUACCUGGGAAAAUGGACGGAACAUCACCUAGAAGAACACCUUCCUUCAAGUCACAUUCGCGAGCAGUCUCCCUAGACACGGGCAGUGACAGCUUCCAACCGUCAACGAAGAACGAUCCUUUUGACGCUGAAUGGGCCGAAGUUGCUGCUCAACAAAACAAAAGUACCAACCCGUUUUUGGCGACACAAAAUACUCCCAAAGCUUUUCAAGUACAGUUGUAGAAAGGAAGAAUGGCAACAAUGGAGGAAUGAUCAAAGGUUGGCUCCAGGUUUUGACCGAUCUUAGGGAGCAUCUUGCAGGCAGUGUCUGGCGUACGGUCAACCUAGAACUCCUAGGAGUAACUGAUCACUACAUGAAAUGAUCGAUGGUUUUGGUCAGAAGGCAGAGUGAUUGACGUACUUGUUCAAAAUCCAAUACGAAGGAGGUUUGUAAUACAAGGCUUUGACAAAGUAUCUGACUUCAAGGGAUGAUUCUGUGGGUAAUUCUAAAAUGAAGGUUUGCAUACUGGCGCUUCUUAAUGAGCCAUAUAUUUAGUAUGGAAUGACUACAUAAGCUAAACAUGUUUCACGUUUCCUUAUAUCUAAAUUGUCAAAAAAAUUGUCAAGAUAUAGCCGAUAUUUAAACUCGGGCCACAUGCCGCAAUAUGUUCAUGAUGGCUGGGUUGAAGUUGCCAUAGUUAUAGCCAAAUAUUACAAAUAAAAUACUCCUAGUUUGGAGGCUCUGUAGCCAUUUUGAUGAACUUUGUGCCAUUUUCGCGUGCAAAGAUGUAACACAUGAAGAAAACUCAAACUUAAUAAAGGAAAAAACUGAUGGACUCAAAUCCGGACUUGUUUUUUCUCAUUUAAUUUUAUUUAGUUUUCGUAAACACGUCUUAUACAUGCUAAGAAUUAACAAAAUUUAAUAAAUCCGGCUAUACGAUUGCUACGAUUUUUACGAAUUAAAAAAAAAGUUUCACACCCUGUUUCGUGCAAACGAAGAUUUAUCCAACCUGUGUGUUACAACCACCCAAUCAGAUUUCCCUUGAAGUGCCAGGUACUUUACUAACACCUUGAAGAUGUAAAUCUUUUGUAUCAAACUUGCUUGAGGAGAGAAUUAUGCAUUUUAAAACUUCUUUUGAGCGAUUUGAUUGACUGUAGAUCUCCUUAUGUUUGCAAGAGUGGUUAAGCUUUUAGAAAAAACCCAUAUAGCAUUUGUCUUUGAUUUGUCUAGAUGUUUUGCUGGCAAGAUGUCUUUGAACAAAUACUGUGGAUAAAAAUUCAAAAUAGGAAAUAACGGAUUCAAAAUUCUCUCAGAAACUGAAAAGACACAAAUUUAUUAUGGGUUUGGUUCAUUAUUAUACAGGGUGGCCCAAAAGUUCUGGAUCAAAUGAGAUGGGGGUGAUAGGGGGAAGGGUCAUUUCCUUAUCCCAUUGCACGAUUUUUGAGUUAUCGCCGUUUCAAAGAAUGUGUAGAAAAUCGCUACUUUUGAGACUAAUCUUUUUUUUUGAAAUUAUCGUUUGCUGUUUCUGAAUCAACUUUACAGGAUAUGUGCCUAAAUAAUGUAUCGUUUAAAAUAAGCUAUAACUAAAAAAUCAGUCCAGUUAUUGUAGGUACAGCAAGCCGCUUAAAUGUAAUUUUGUCUGGUGCCAAAAACAUUACAGCAUAUGGACCAAAAAGUAUCCGUAGUUAUGAAAAACUUUCGGAUAUUGUGACCUUCCAAAAUACGUUUUAGAUAAUCAAAUAUCCUAAUUAGUACUUGGGAAAGACCAUAAGUCUUCAAACAUGAAUGAACUCCAAAUUUAAACAAGGGCUUUGACAUAAUUUUGGGUAAUAAAAGGAUUAGAGAUACAGUGCCCUAUUAUUUGAUCCUAUAACUGUAGUUAUCAAGUAUUUUAAUCCAAAUAGGAGAGUCAGUAAAUCCUCAAAUGCAAAUAGAGCUGAUUAGUUUGUAUCCUUAAAACUUGUUAACCUGGUUGAGCCUUGCAUUGGUCAGCCCGAUCAUGCUAUAACUACCUAUAUUGUUGUGUGGCUAGCUAAAGUAACAGUUCUGGUAGAUGGUUUUGAAUAAAAUUUAAACAAGUUACUCCACACAAUCUUUCUGGUAAUUCAUUUGAACUUACUAUUCUAAGUUACUAGCCUUUAAGUUGACUCCAAAUCGGUGGCAUCUCCCCUUCUACUGAUUCAUGGAUUCUUUAGAGCCCAGUGGUGUACAUUGUAAAUGUUAUAAACGUCUGUUCUUCAAAAACUGCCUUCGCUUGUCCCUAUCUUUAUUUUAUGAAAAUGUAGAAGAUUGGCAAUGGCAGUCAUAGGAUUAAGAUCAGAAAAUAGGAAUUUCAGAGAUUAAAGGUACCUGUAGCAUUUUGUAUAUCUUGCCCAGAACUACUUAGGAUAUUUGGUUACUUUAAAGGUAUAUUGGAAGGUUUUGUCUAAUUAUGGACUGCUUAUCUGCACACUAUUAUUUUCUAACAGUUUUUUUGAAUGUGCUGUAAUAUUUUUGACCCGAUAAAAUUACGUUUAACCGACUGCUAUGCCUACAUUGACUGGACUAAUUUUUCGGCAUCCUAUCAUGUAAAGCUAAUUGAGAAAUAACUGAAGAUAAUUUCAGAAAUAAAGAUCAUGCUUCCAAAUGUAGCGAUUUUCAACGUAAUCUUUAAAAUGGGGAUAACUCGAAAACGGUGCACAAUUGAAUAAGAUCAUAUAUGGAUUUUCUGAUUGGGAAUGACCCUCCCAUUACCGCUUUUCGUUUGAUCCAUGACAAUGGGUACUAUGUAACAAAACAAUGAACAUUGAUAUUACCAACUUAUAGACAUCUUUUUGAAAUUCGUGCGGAAUGAAACAGAAACUUAAGGACUAAGAUUUCUUAAAUCCACAAUGGGAUUGCUUUACCUAUAUAGUGGAAUCGAUUCAAGGGAUAUUACUUAGCUCUUUUCCGUUUGUACAGAAGCGUUAUUGUUAUCGGCAAUUUUGUUGAAACUCGCAACUGGGACGUUGUUUCCCGAACACGUUUGUACAUUCUUGCACUGUGUAAAAUCAUUGUAAAUUUUUUGUUGUAUGUGACUCUUCGAUUUUUUAUCGUCAACUACUUGAGUUAUUCUUCUGCCAGGACUGUCUGUGCAAUGUGUACAUACAUAUACUGCAAUUAGGGAGUGUAUAUCAUGAAUAAAAAAUAUAAGAACAAUUUUUAAGGGCUCAGUAGUAAUCUUUCCAUACCUCAUAGUGAUAAAAUGCAUUAUAAACCGAAAAUCUCAAUGAGCCUUGUUGGUUUGUUUUUUAUUUUUUGUACUCUCAUAAAUGCACCAUGAAAGAGCUCCAGAACAUUUUUCUAAUGACAGUCAAUACAAACUCAUAAACAUGAACAAGCGUGUUAGUUCCUUAAAAUAUGCAUUUAAUGUAUAAUGGAGGAGAUGUACAAGGUGUGCCCUUUGGUUCUGCCCAAAAAAAUGUCACUGUUAUUGAUCUUCCAAAAUGGCAAAUAAUUAAUUGUCACAAUUUUUUGUUCACCAUUUCUUAGCAUAGCUGUAUUCCUUCACAUACUUCUAUUAUAUUUGAUACUACAUUUCGAGUAUACAAAAUGUAGAGAGACUGUGAAAUCACAAAAAUUGUAAAACACUGCAAUCCCAGGAUAUGAAAGUUUUAAGGCAUAUCGAAUGACACUUCUUGUAUACUUUUCUUGAAAUAUGUACUUAAAGUAUUUAAAUAUUUCCUUUAAAAUAUAGUCUCUAUUUUAUUAUUCUAUCAACACAUGCCCUGAACGUCUUUGAAAAUCUAUGAAGAGAAACGCGUUAUUUUGACAACAGAAGUAGAAAUAGUGCGAAAAGCUAUUUGAAAUUGGUCACGGAAUUACCGUGUAGUUUUUAGACUUUAAGUGACCUGUUGUGCUUCAACUUCUAUUUUUGAUAGUGUUAUAGGACAAUAAACUGUAAUACAUAUCAUUACAUACACCAAGAAAACUUGUAACUUUGCACAUGUGUGCUGGAAAUGUUCAUCAAAGGUUAUUAGAAUAGUACUCAAAAAUUAGCUACAAGAAAGACGUGCUAUUGGAAUUUUAGCUUAGCUGGUAAAAACACUGGUUAUAGGACUGUGAAUGGUUCUCAGGAUAAUUCUCAAAGCAUAGCUUGAUGUUCUAAGCUUUACAAUAGUAUAUAGAAUUUCAGAAAAAACUAUACAUUAGGGUGUUUCAAUACUCACUUGCCAAUUAUAUAAAAAGCUAGCACAAAUUAUUCACUACAAUGUUUACAAUUUGGUAGUACUUAAAUAGUAUUAAGCGAGUGAGUCUCUUUGAUAGUACCUACUGAAUUCUACAUCCAGAAAGAUUUAAAUGAUGAGUUAAUCGGGUGUGUGAUCUUUAUGAAUUGAGGAGAUUUUGAACGAGUUCUACUGCGAAUAAAGAUCUUUUGAUGAAGUUAAACUAUCACAACUUGAUAAAAAUAUACAUUUUUUCUCAGUAGCUUAAUCUAUCAAGAGACUCGCUAUAGAGUUUAUGAAUAAGAAAAUAUGAAGGCUGACACCUGUUAUAAAAAACAAGACAUUUAUUUGUGACUAGCCCAACUAUAAAUGAUUUCAUUGGUUUGAUAUGUUCAUUCCAUUUACCUUGAAAAUAAUUUGGGAUUUUUUGUACCAAGAACUGUUCAUCACGUUAAUUAAUGUAUAUUUGGUAGUUUCUAAAACGUACGUCUACACAUUGGUCCAAAUUUCUUCCACUGCAUUUCAGGGUGUCCAAAGACCGGAGCCCUCGACAAAAAAUUUAUUAUUUUUAUGGAAAAAAAUACUUUUGAAGCUUUUCUCUGAUCAUGUCACUGAUAUGAAUGAAAAUAAUUCAUUGUUAUGUUGCUGCCAGUUGACAAUUGGUAAUUGUGUUAUUAGGGAUGUCGCAGAAUUUCAUUUCAUACAAUUACUCGUUUUUGAGCCCAUUCAUCGUGUGAAAUUUGCAUUGUUUUAUUUUUUGUUUGUUCUGGGUUAUUAUGGGGUUUGAGAUAGGAAAAUCUUGGAUCAAUGUUUCUAGACGUAUAACGUUUUACCAUAUUCAAAUUUCCAAAAGUUAUAUAGUUUCAAGACUAAAAAAUAUGCAUUUAUAAACAAAUGAUGGACGCCUUAUGGUGUAUGAGAUCCUGGAGUAAAAUGUGUUUAAAAAAGGUGGCAAAAACUGUUUACAAGUCAAAAAUUAACAAACCGUCCACCUUUUAGUAUCAAACUUCUAACGAGUGGAACAAAGAAAAGCAUUUUAAGAUACUAAUUUAUUUCCAUUUUAUUUACAGUAGUAAAAAAAAAUCAAAACGUAACUGUUUUUGAUUUAACGUGUAGAUAAUUUGAUGUCUGUUAAUUUUUAUAUAUAAGUGUAAUAUUUGGGGGAAUAAAGGAAGCAACAAAAUGAAUAAUAAAUGAGACAUGUAUUAUUAAGAAUACUAGGUAUUUUAUAUAACUGUUCCGCUAUUUACUGUUGAUAUUUAUUUUUUCUUUACGAGCACGCUGCUCACACUGGCACAAUGUACUUAAUAUAUAUUUAUGUAUAGAAAAAUGUGUAUUAUACAAGUCUUUAUUACUUUUUUCUGUAAUAUAAUGAGUAUUAUCUGUUGAAACCUU